CCGUGUGUGCUGUACACGUAGCACUGGUCCGGCUAUCUGAUAUUUUUGUCGGAUCAACUUUCAAUAUUGUUUGUGGCUGCAAUAUACCUGCUAUCUUCUAGUGGUGCUGGCUUAAACAGUGGUGGUGGUGUUCUUCGGUACCUCUCUGCUACUUCUCCCUUUCUGUCUCCUGCAAGUUGCACCCCAGUGGUAACAGAACUUAUGCCCUAUCAAAAAUAACAUGGGGACAACAGAACCUGUAUGAAGCGUCGGCCCCACAUCCAUGCUAUUGCGGCGGUCCAGUCACGACAAGAUGGCCAAAGCGAUGGCGGGCGGGCGGCGGGCGCGGCACACGUCGUGGAAUGCGCCCAACGCGGAGCUGGGGAACCUGUACGUGUUCGGGGAUGACGUGGAGGAGGAGGAGUUGUUGGAGGAGGACGCGAUCGAGAUGAGACCGCGGGGGGAGAGGCGGCGGGAAGAGCGGGGACGGAAGGACGAGAGCGACACGGUGCUACUGGACAGGACCAUCAUGCCGGGGGACACGCUACAGACGUUCGCACUGCUGUAUGGAUGCACGCUUGCAGACUUGCGCCGUGCAAACAACCUCAUGUCUGAUCAGGACUUCCACGCGCUGAAGACGAUAAAAGUUCCCGUCAAGCGACACGGACUUCUGACGGCGCGGGAAGAGGAGGACAGAAGAAGGCGUCAGUUUCGCCGUGCGGACAGCGACAUUAUAGAAUACGGCCUGGACGCCCCCGGAGAGGGGACGAAGGCGAAUGGACGCGACGCGUAUGCAGAAAUGAACGACAUUCGCGGUUACCUGACUCAGAUGGACGAGGAAAUGGACAGAAUACGACGCUCCACGCCGGAGCGCGAAGAGACGUUUGAACCGUACGAGACGCGGGCUUCCCUGAUGGAAUGUCGGAGAUACAUCAAUAGAGAAACAAGCAACGGGGCGGACGGUGGCAUCAGAUGGUGGAUGGCCCUUCUGUGUAUGAUAAUUGUAGCGGUUGUCUGUCCAUUGCUGUAUUUCCUGUACUUCCACAGUAGGAAUGAUGCAACAAAGAAACCAUAGGUUCCCAGUACUUGUAAUUAAUUGUAUAGUGUGUAGUUUUCCUUCUUUAUGGACAUUUUUAGUGCUGCCAAAUAGCCACAAUAAAAGUGUACAAUGAAAUGUAUCAUCAGCUAUCCUGUGGUAUUAGCUGUUCUGUACAUGUCUUGGUAUAUCACAGUUUUCAUCCUGCUACAAAUGAUAACACUAAUAUUGAUCUCUACACACCCCCAAAAAUGGCAUAACAAACCACUUGACUGACUUGCUAUUAUCAGAAUAGGAUAUCAAAAUCUUCUCCUUGUUUUGGGGUAAAUCAAAUUAAGCCCAACUUGCUGUUUGGUACACUCAAUAUCCUUUUUACCUCUUUCACAAUCACAGCCUUGUUUUUUCCUUGAUUAAAAUUGUUCUGAAAACUAUCUUGUAACUAUUAACCUACCUUUCAUUUUCAAUUAUUGUCUUCUCUGUGAGUUAGGCAGUAUCUGAAGGAGGUGUUUUUUAUUUCAACUGUACACUUCAAGAAAAGUCCUUUUGGCAUAUGUGGUAGCACACAAUUACAGUUUUUAGAAAGACUUUAAAAUUGAAUGAAUCAGUGUUGUGUCACAAAAAGUUGUUGCAUGUUUUCUGUAUGUACAUGUUAUUAUUAUUAUUACAAUAGCAACUUACAAUUGCAAAUGCUUGUUUGAAUUUUGAUACCCAAUCUUACACAUGUACUACACAUAGAGCCACCUUCCUGUUUGUGGCUGUGAUUGUUUCUGAGCUUUUGGCUUAUUUUGAAUUUACCUCAGAUUGCUGAACAGCAGACUUGGGCAACAAGUAUUGCUACAGUUUGAAAGAAAUGCCAUACGCAAAUGUCAUAGCAAAAUCUCAUAUAUAGUUGGCUUUGGAUUAAACUCACUCUCAGUAUCAAAAUUGAUGCUGACUAUCAAAAGAAAAAAAAGGGGGCACAUUUGAUAUAGUGUUGUGCUUUUGACUUGUUUCCCCUUUUGGCAAUGCUUAAUGCUGACUUUUGUUAAAAACCAUGUUUUGCAACAUGUACAGAAUGUGUGCUUCCCGUAAGGUCUUCGAUGCAAUGAUUUACUUUAAUUGUUGUGAUUGCAUAACAUUGCUUUACUCAGGUAAGGUUAUCUACAUUAUUGUGUAUGAGGAAAGACUUGGAAAUGAACACAGCGUUUUGGAUUAGUUAUUACACUGUGAGAAAUGGUCAAAUUAAUUAAAGGCAUCCAGUGUAGUUUUUAGGGCUUGGCCACCAGAUUUUUCAGAGCCAAUAUUCGAAUUCUAGUCAUUUGUCUACAUACUGAGUUGAAACCACACUGUAUCCCAAUGUAUAUUAACCCUCAAUGGAGCAAAAAGUGCCCCAAUUUCUGACAGAAAAUAGUUACUGGAAGGGCCCUGGGCUGAUUUUUAAGAUACCACCCAGAAAAUAAAGGACUCAUCUUUUGGUAUGGUUCUGCAGUUUUUAAAAGCCCAAGGUAUGAAAUGUUGACUCAAAAGUGCCAAUGUAAAGCAGUUCAUGUACACUGUAUGUGUCAAUAUCACAAAGAUUGCCUUAUUCAGAAUAUUUCCAGUUUUGCUGCCCUGAAAUUGCAUUGGAUGCCUUUAACAUUGCAUAAUGCAGUACUACACAUCUCUGCUGUCUUACAUGUACAUGUAGGCCCCCUAGUCCUGCUAUAUGAGGCCACACCAAUUAAAAUUGUUGGUUCUCAGAUUUUCCAGAAAGAGUAUGAAGUGGCGGGUAGAAAAAAAACAACCUAAAAAACAAAAAAAGCCUAUACAUCCUAUGAUAGCCCCAAAUGCUACGAUAGGAGCCAUGAAGCCAAUGUACCAGGCUGGUGUAUAAUUCAAUGAAUUUUUAACUUUUAAUCAAAUCACAGCACUGAUAGUUGUAAGAAAAACAACUAGGAAUAAAAAAACUUUCUCCAACUGUUGGGCCCAAACAUACCAGUAGCAUUUGGAGAUUGAUACAGACCUUGUCUGUAUCAAUACAAAAUAAAGAGUGAUUCCGAGAACUGUUCACUAAAUUGGUGUGGCCUAAUGUGCAACAGAAUGUAUAACUUAGUCUAUAAACAUCUGUGAACCAGCCUUCCUGUAUCAGGAAGUCUCUCCACCUAAACAUGUACACUGUGAUUAUAAAGAUGAACAUCUUCAGUGAACGAAAAAAAUCUCUUGCAUAUGGCAAAAGCCAUAUUUUACAAAUGCUAUCAAUCUCUAUGCCCUGUUAUUUUUUAAAAUGUUGAAUUGUCCUUAUGAAAGUAUUUGAUCAGAAACAUGUGAAGUACAAAAUUUAGAUAUCUUGUAUAAAGGAAAUGUGAUGAUUUGUUUCUUGAGUAGAUGGAUUUAUUAUUUAUCCAGAAGUUGCUGCAGAAAUAGUAUCUGGAAACCCGUUUGCAAUGUAGGUGGGAGAAAUUGUCAGUUUGACUCUACAUCUAAAUCAAAUUUUGGUGUCUGUUUGUUUGAAAGUCCCAUAAUUGUAACUGAAAUUGGACAUUUUUUCUGACUUUUUAAAACGCGCUAAGUGGAAGCAGACCGGUAGAUUACUUUGAGUUUUCCAAUACGUUUCAGGCAUUAUUGCACAGUUUAAGAGUACAGGAUACAUCUAAUGCCAGUUAACUAUGGUCUAACUUCUCAGUAAAAUAUUUUAGAUAGGACAGGGAUAUGAAAGAAAAGCUUAUCACAAAUGGCUGGAUAAUCACUUUGGGGCCAAGUAAUUUUAUGAAAUAAUAUGAUAAUAAUAACUGUGACUUGAAGCUACACAGAAUCUUUUGAAUCACUUAAAAAAUGAGAAGCUACAUGUAUGAAUGGUUUGUAUCAUCUCAUCAUGAUUCUGAUACAUGAUAUCAUGUACAGUACUUGUACAUGGGUCGUCCCAUUCUAAUCUGAAUUCUCACCAAGCUAUAUCUAGAGGAUACCUUUGACAUGUAUUUAUGAGACUGUAUAAUGGAAUAAAAAAGAUUUUAUCA